CCGCCAUCGUCCGCUGAUGUGGCGGCAGCAGCCUCGGUAGGGAAGUCCAGACUUUCCAGUUCCGUCAGGAGGACACCACGGCUUUCCCAGUUCCGCUGUAGGACAUGAUCCCUACAGUGUCCUAGGUCUGCCCAUGGGACCUCUGAUUAUGUUCAUCCAACUAAAUUGAAUAUUUUUCUCGUUGGAGGAUAGAAAACCUGUAUGACUUCCUGAAUAUGUUUUUUAAUAUUAUUGGCACUCUGUAAACACAAAGGAGCACGCCCACAAUCCUACUCGGCCUGGACUUCCACCUAUCACCUGUGGUGGUCCCCAAGGGUCAGGCCCCAGGCCCCAUACACGCUACCCCUAGACCACAUCACCUUCAGCACCCAGCUGGGAGCCUCACUGGAAAAAAAAAGGGGGGCCCCCUCAGUGAAGAUCCAUCCGCUGAGAGCCUUUAUUUUAGGGGGGAGGGGCCUAUCUCUUUCUUUCCUGUGUGGCAUGCUGAUGGAUAAGUAUAAGACCCCCCUGCAAGAAUGCCACCACAUUGGGAAAAACCAAGUCUGCGUUGCCUUCCCUCCGCCGACAUGCAGCACCUCGUCGUGGCCGUCCUCCUGGCGUCCUCCUGGACCUUCUGCACCGGAGCCGGAGACUGGUGCUAUCAGUCCCAGUUCACCUGCGACCAUCAGUGCAACACUCCGGACAAGUGGAACCACGCAAGCGCCGCCUGCGCUGGGAAGCGGCAGUCCCCCAUCAACAUUGUCACCAGGAAGACUUUGAAAGACGAGCGCUUGACUCCUUUUCAGUUCUCCAACUACCAGCAGAUCUUUCGAGGCACCAUCAAGAACAACGGCCACUCGGUUCAGGUUGGAGUUCCUCACCUGAGCACCAUCUCGGGCGGAGGUCUGACGACCGUCUACAAGGCUGUCCAGUUCCACCUGCACUGGGGAACCAAUGGGGGGCCGGGCUCCGAACACACCAUCGAUGGGGAGCAGUUUCCCAUGGAGCUGCACAUAGUCCACAUGAAGCAUCAUUACACCGACCUGGUGACGGCGCUGGCAGAUCCGGAAGGAGUUGCAGUCCUGGGCUUUUUCUAUGUGGUGUCCAACAGUGCGAACCGAAGGUACGACCCCAUCAUCAGCGCUCUGCGAAGCAUCAAAACCACAAACGGCAACACAUCCUUGCCUCCUGCCUCUCUGGCCCAACUCAUUCCACCUGAGCAGAACCUGACCACCUUCUACCGCUACAAGGGCUCGCUGACCACGCCGGGCUGCACCGAGGCUGUCGUCUGGACUUUGUUUGAGGACCCCAUUCCUCUGAGCUCCGAACAGCUUCGGGCAUUCUCUGAGCUGAAGUUCCACGACGGGAAGUCCAUGGUGGGGACUUUCAGGCCGGUGCAGCCCCUCAACGGCCGCCAGGUGUUCCGAUCGGGCGGCGUGGUGGUCCCGUUCAGCGCCGCCCUCCUCAUGGCCGCCCUGGCUACGGCCCUGGGACUGUCCCAGCCCAACUAGAAGGAGGCGCCGGUGCUGCACUGCGACACUCAUGAAGUUCUUCAUCGUUCCCAAGUUGAAACCCCUGCUUUGUACCACCACCACCACCACCGCAUGGUUCCGACAUGGUCGCCCACGUCGUAGUGCAGGCAUGACUCACCGCCGGCCCCCCGCCUUCUCCCCUUAAGACACACAUGACAAAGGUGCCCAAGCGACACCUUCGAGGUGCUCUAAGGGGCGGGGCUGCAUGCAUGCAUGCGUAGCGAAUCAGUAGGUGGUACAUCAGGCUUCCGAGCACUCGGUGGCGACUGCAGUCAGACCCUGGCCUGCCCUGAUAUUUCACCGCAUCAUCAUAAACGCCCCCCCCCCCCCCCUCCCCACACACACAUGCGUCCUCUUGCACUUUGGAGCUCAUCCCCCUUGAACAAUGUCAAUCAAAUUUAGUCCCCGCUAUUUAGUCACCACGAGUGGCUCCGGUCUCGUGACGAGGCACGUGACCCCCCCGGUUCCCUCUCCAUGGCACAUGAGAACAGUAUGGAGCUAUUAAUAGCACAACUGAGUCACAAAAACAAGCUCCGUUACAAAGUCAGCGGUCAAAGAAGUCGUUCCAAAGUCCAGAAGCUCGCAGCCAACAGGUCAGCAGUCAGCAGUCAGCAGUCAGCCAAUGAGAACGCGAGGAGCAAAUGCACGGCGUGGAUCUCCAAUCCCACGCCAUUAUUUUCAUGCAUCGCCAACAACUGAUAGCUGCAUGGAUCGGCACGUCUCGAUGAUGAUGAUGAUGUUGGGUGAAGAUGCGCGCUCCAAAUUCACGCUACGUUCGACUGACGGAUCACGGCGUCUGAUGCGCUGAAUGUUACUGACUUGUCUCCCAUCAUGCAACAGGGCCUCCCGGAUACUUUCUUAGGAGAUGGAUGCAGUCUUCCAGCCAUAUUUGUUGUGAUGACCAAGGAAUCUGUAUAUUUUUCCAUACUUCCAUGAUGCUUUAACGUAUAUUUCUAUGCCGUUUGUGUAUUUCUGCACUGAAUGUGUAUAUUGAUAAAAGACGCACAUGUUCAAAGUAUUUAUGUACUACAUACAUAUAUAUAUAUAUAUAUGAAGUAUCACGUUGUUGAACUGGAGUUGUACGCCAAUGGCGGCUUGUAAUUCUUAAACAUGUCAUAGAAAAUAUGAAGAAUGUUCAAAUUCAACAAUAAACUACAUA